AUUAUAUUCGCGUCUUGACGCUACAUCAUUCUCAUUCUACCACGAUACACUUCCUGUAUCACGAAGCAGGGUGUUAGUUUUGGUUUUGCGUUCUUUGCGCCGAGAUGAAGUACACCUGGUUUAUGCUGGCUUUUAGUUUUGUGUUGGUGCUGGCAGAACUGGUACCAUAUACUAACGCUGGGCCGUAUGUCGAAGACGAAGAAAGCUAUCCACCUGGCGAAGACGACUAUUCAGAAAAUGCCAUUGAUCGUUUACUCCAAUCGGCACAAAAACGUUCCUCCUUAAUUUACCUUUUCAGACGAGCAUGUAUCAGAAGAGGAGGAAAUUGUGACUAUCGUCCCAACGACUGCUGCUACAAUAGCUCCUGCAGAUGUAACUUAUGGGGAUCAAACUGCAGAUGCCAGCGGGUGGGAUUGUUCCAAAAAUGGGGUUAAGCAGAAACAAAUGAUAUUCCCUAAGUAUGGAACGAUAACGGGACAAAUAUUAACUGCACACUAACAAUUAUUUCCGGUCAAUUAAAUUGAACUUUCAUUUAUUUAAGUUUAAAGUCUCGUUACCGAUCUAGGAUGCCAAAGAUAAGGAUCAGAAGUUCCAAGUGUACCUUUUUGACGAUAUUGUUUUUAGAAAGGACUGAUUUUUGUAUUAUCAGAGGCUAUGUUUGAAACUUUUGAUCCCGACCACUGCGCGAAAUUGGUUCAUGCACUUAUUUGUUAACCUUUAAGACAACAUACAAGUCCCAUACUAGCAAAUAUCUUAUGUUUCUCUGAAAUCCAAGAAACAAUAGCUCCAAUGCAUUUAUUGUGAAACUAUCUUUGUGUAUUCAGUUGAAGUUGUCAUUUAAAUUUUAAAAUCGAUGGAGAAGUGGUUGAAUUUUGAAGGAUAUAUAAGACAUAUCCAAGAAUAUCAUUGAAUACGACAAAUUCUGAAUAACUUUAUCAAUGCAAAGUAACUCCUAUAUCUACUGUUAUUAUAUUAUUGACUUAUAUAACUUUGUCAAAUUACUUGAUACUUCUUGUAUAUCCUGGAUUAGCUGCACACCCACUGUAGGUUUUUCCAGCCACAUCUACAGUGGGCUUGCAUGCCUGAUUCAAACUAAAUUAAAAAAUUAUCAUGUAAUUAUGUAUCUAUGUAUAGAUGUGAUAAAAUGGAAAUUAACAUAUAUACCAUUGGAUAGUGUUAUAAAAUAUAUAUAUCAUUUCUAUAUGUGUGGAAAGGGUACAACAUUCACAAUUCUGUCAAUAUUAAAUAUAUUAAUUGGCCUAAA